AUGGCUAGUCGCUUUUAUAUUAUUCUUUUUGUUGCAGCACUUGUAAUUAUUGUAACUUUCACUGGAUUAAAUUCACAGAUAUAUUCUAUGACAAUAUCGUCUCCAACUGAAUUCAUAUUUGAACAAUUACAAGCUCAAUAUUCAUCAUCAUUAUCAUGUCCAUGUUCACAAAUAGCAAUUCAAUAUUCAAAUUUUCUUUCUGUUAAACCUAUUGCUUAUCAUCAAGUAUGUUCAAGUUACUUUGUCUCAGAUGAUUUUAUUAAAUUACUAUGGGGUACUGAAUUAUACAGUCUUGUUCUUGGUUGUUUACCUAUUUAUGGUCUACGUCUAUCGACAUUAGAAUGUCUCUACAAUUCAACAUGCUUACAGAAAUUAUUUAAUUUGACUAAUCGUAUAGAAGAUAUUCCAUCCUCUCUUGAUAUUUCGAUAUAUACACGAUUUAGUCCAGUAUCAUCAAUAACUAUUGGUACAUUAAUUGAUGAAUUAUUUAUUGAAGUAUGGCAAAACGAAAGUAACUAUUCGAAUUACUUUUCAAUUUGUGCACCAUUAACGUGUCGAUAUACUUAUGCAAAAAGAAAUGAUGUUCUCUAUAUAUUAACUACAUUUCUAGGCUUAUAUGGUGGAUUAACAGUUGGCUUAAAAUUUAUGGUUUGGCAUAGUUUGCAUAUUAAUUCGCAAGUACAACAACGGUUCACUGUUCACCGAAGACGUAUUGAAUCUAUAAAUUACAGUUAA